AAUGAUUUUUGGUUUUGGUAGAUUCCUUCCUUUCCGGAUUUUGAUUUUCUGGACGAGUUACAAUUCUAUUUGUUUGUUUGAUUAAAAUCAAUGUAGGGGGGUUUUAAAUUAUUAAAGUACUGCAAGGGGAAUGCAAUCACUACGUUACGUCUAGUUUUUAUCAUGAAUAUUUACAUUGAGAAGCCUUUGGAAAAAAUGAUACCAACAACAUCUCAAGAGUGGCUACACGUGGCAAAUUCAUUUGAAGAAAAAUGGAAUUUCCCAAAUUGCUUAGGAAGUAUCGAUGGAAAGCACGUAGCCAUACAAAAGCCAAUUGAUAGCGGCAGUGAAUAUUACAACUAUAAAGGAUUUUACAGCGUUGUACUUUUAGCGAUAGUGGACGCAGAAUACAACUUUCUGACCACAGGAUAGCAAUUCUAAGGAAAGAAUCUUCAGUUAUAGACUGAGUCGUGCGAGGAGAACAGUAGAGAACGCAUUUGGGAUUUUGUCAGCCAGAUUUAGAGUUUUACGAACUACAAUAUUAUUAGAUCCAG